AUGGAGCACUCCAAGAUGGUGAAUGCGGUGUCGAUGGAAUCCCUGGACAACUGCUCCACCAUCUCGUCAUUGGAACCCCCGUCUCAGGUAAGUUUACUCAGCUUUUGAUUGGAGUUUAGAGCCAAUGUUAUCCUUGUUUUGGAUAUUACAACUUAUAAACUACAUUGUUAUCAUAAUGCGUACUUUCAGGUGCGUACUCUGUUUGUAUCGGGUCUCCCAUUGGACUGCAAACCCAGAGAGUUGUAUCUCUUGUUCCGUGCUUACAAUGGAUAUGAGAAUUCGUUGCUAAAAGUGACCAAUAAGAAUGGAAAGAUCAGUGCUCCAGUUGGAUUCGUGACCUUCUCUACACGUCAGGAUGCCGAUGACGCAUGCAGAAAGCUUCAGGGAGUUCGGUUUGACCCUGACUGCACCUCAACCAUCCGUCUUGAGUUAGCCAGAUCGAACACGAAAGUCCCGAAACCAAAGCAACAGUCCCCUCCAAUAAUAUCGCCGGCCACUCUCUCAGCUCUCCUUCCAGGACAAAGUCAGCCAACCCAAUAUCUGGCUCAAACUUUGACCAAUCAGACCCCAGACCUGCAGGGAUUCGUCGAUCAUCUGACUUAUUUGAAUGAGCAACCUUUGUUUGGACUUCAAGUAAAUCCCUAUCAACAAUCCCUGCAUUUGCUUCCCAAUGGCCAGGCUAAUGGUCAUAGCUAUCUUAAUCAACAAGCUUUGGCUGCCGCUUUUGCUCAAAUUCAGCAGCAACAACAACAAAUUCCACUCAAUUUACUCGCCGCCGCUGCUCAAACUGCUCCGAAUACUGUAAAUUCGAUGAAUCCGCCUUGUUCCACAUUAUUUGUCGCCAAUUUGGGAACAAGUGUAACUGAAGACGAAGUCAGAAAUGCCUUCAAACAGUACCCCGGCUUCUCCCGAAUCCGGAUGCAUCACAAAGGAAGCUCUUCUUCGGUGGCCUUUGUCGAAUAUCUGUCCGUCCAUCAUGCAGCGGUCGCUUUGCAAGGCCUACAGGGCUUCCAAUUGGGGAAUGGGAACUCGAUCCGGAUAGAAUACGCCAAGGCCAAGAUGGGGGAGACCAACAAUAACACUUCCAAUGGAAUUAAGGCCGAUAUCUGA